AUGAGCUCAGAUACGAGUAGCGGUGGGAUGAGAGAAACCCAGGAUCCCAGCUUAUCUUCCCUGGACACACCCAAUAUCCCUCAAAACACAGAAAAUUCGUCAUUGUCUACCUCCAAUGUGCCAGGGCGGCCAAAACCCAAAAUUCGCGCGAUUUCGAACACCCUCUUCCCAGGUGCCACACAGAACUCAACCUCAAGUCACAAAGGACGCUAUGCAGAGCCAGGAACAACCACCACGCAUGCCGACCGAGCCAGUAUUUCUAUGCCACCGCCUCCUGUAAUCACUCGGUCACGGACGUCUUCGUCAUACAGCAACACGAAAUCUCGCGAGUCCUCGAAACAGGGAACCUUUUCCGAAGGUCAGAGCAGGCGGUCAAGCAAGGAAGAUAUAGCCGUGGAAGACCUCGAAACUCCAAAAUUGUCUCCCGGAAUCAUGUCGGAAGACCCAAAGCUUUCACAGCUCCCAGAAGCUUCGCUGCGUACAAGACCAUCCAUGCCAGAUAUGGACUCCAAACGAAUGUCGGUCUCUUCGAUAUACUCAUUGACUUCGGCAAGAGCAGGUGGUGGUGCUCCAAGUUCGGCUGCCUCUGCGAACGGAUCAGACGUUGGAUACAAUACGAGGUCGGCUACUGGUGCUCUGUCACCAAACAAUAAACCCCUGGGAACCUCUGGCGCAGAGCCUUCCACAUCGGCAAUAUCGGUCACGACGUCCUCCUCGAAUCAAUUCAGCAGCCACAGUGUGACAAAUGGCCCCUCACUUACCCCGCGAGAAACUCCAGCUCAUGCUUCGGAUAUUGCUAAGCGAAAUGCGGCGCAAAGGGGAGAGGGUGCGCCUCGGUCGACUGUACCUGCCAGGUCUCGGAGUCGGGCAAAGCGAAGAUUCAGUGGAAGUACUGCCGCGAGCAGUCAUAGUCCUGGGAGUGAUAGAGGUGAUAGGUCGUAUGCAACCAAGAAGGAGGAUGAUACGAAGCCUUCGCAAUAUGGUAUUAUCGGGGUUUGUGCUCUCGAUGUCAAGGCUAGGAGUAAACCAAGUCGAAACAUUCUUAACCGCCUCCUAGCAAACAGGGAAUUUGAGGUCAAGGUGUUUGGUGAUAAAGUGAUCCUGGACGAAGAAGUUGAAAAUUGGCCGCUUUGCGAUUACCUCAUAUCGUUCUACUCGGAAGGGUUUCCACUCGAUAAAGCAAUCGCCUAUGUCAAAGCUCGGAAACCAUUUUGUGUCAACGAUGUGCCAAUGCAGAAGAUACUUUGGGAUCGCAGGAUCUGUCUGAUGAUUCUUGACAAAAUCAAUGUGCCAACUCCCACCCGCGUCGAAGUGAACAGAGACGGUGGGCCUAGUGUUAUGACGCCAGAAAUUGCAAAGCACCUAAAGGAGACCACAGGAGUAGCACUAGAUGGACCAGAGGAUGGAACUGGCGGCAAGACUCCUCCACCCAAGAAGGUAGAACUUGUGGAAGAUGGGGACGCAUUGAGUGUCGAUGGUCUUAUUCUUCGGAAGCCUUUCGUCGAGAAGCCGAUCAGUGGAGAAGAUCACAAUAUAUGCAUAUACUAUCCCAAGAGUCAAGGUGGUGGAGCUCGGAAAUUGUUUCGCAAGAUUGGCAACAAGAGCUCGGAAAGAGUGGAAGGAAUGGAUGUUCCUAGAGCUAUUCUAGAACCAGACAGCAGCUACUUGUAUGAGAAGUUCAUGCACGUUGACAACUCAGAGGACGUGAAAGCAUAUACUGUCGGGCCUAACUUCUGUCACGCAGAGACUCGAAAAUCUCCUGUGGUUGAUGGUUUGGUACGGCGAAACACGCAUGGCAAAGAGAUUCGGUACAUUACAAGCCUGACCAAAGAGGAAUCAGCUAUGGCUUCUCGUAUUGCGGUCAGUUUCGGUCAGCGCGUGUGUGGUUUCGAUCUUCUACGCGCCGAGGGCAGUAGUUUUGUUAUCGAUGUGAACGGUUGGAGCUUUGUUAAAGACAAUGACGAAUACUACGUUCAAUGCGCCCGGAUUUUGAAAGACAUGUUUGUAAAAGAGUACAAAAUGCGAAAUGGUAUCACAGACGAGAGUACCGCACCACAAUCAAGUCCUUCUGAUGGUACCGCAAGUCCGCCUGUGGCUCGUCGGGAGACUGCAAAGGAAGGGCACCGCUCUGCAUUACAAAGCAUUCUUGCGAAAUCACCAAGCAUGUCCAAGUUACAUCAUCACGCACACCACAAGAAGUCGACAACAGGAUCACCCGAAGCCUCGAGUGUACCGACACCAAGAACAUCGCCUCCUGGUGCCAAUUUAGGAUCCGAUCUUCCGCAAAUACCGCCAACGCCCAUGUUACCACCUCCUGCUACAGCUUCAAUUCCUUCGACAUCUCCUUCUAAUGCCUCAGUUUAUCCUGUUACUGUCCCAGCUACCCCUGCGACAGAGCUAACCGAAGGAGAUGUGAUGCCUCCGCCAGCUCCAAAGCACACCUGGCAGCUAAAGGGUAUGGUAUCUGUCAUUCGGCAUGCAGACAGAACGCCAAAGCAAAAGUACAAGUUCACUUUUCAUACAAAGCCUUUUGUGGACCUCCUCAAGGGCCAUCAAGAAGAGGUGCUUUUGACUGGCGAGUCUGCUCUGGACAGUGUGAAGCGUGCUGUGCGGGUUGCCAUUGACGAGGGGGUUGAAGAUGACAGAAAGCUCAAGACCCUGAUGAAUGUCCUAGACAAAAAAGGAGCCUGGCUAGGCACAAAGGUUCAGAUCAAGCCCAUGUUUCGAAAGCGCAAGCCUGAAGAGGUUCUGGCAGCCGUCCCCGGGUCUGAAGAAGCAAAAGCUCAAUUGCUCAAGAAUGGAAACGAGGAGCAUUUUAAGGACCGGUUGAAGGAAUUGGCCAGGGAGUCGCCGGAGAUAGAAGCUUCCGAUGGAAGUCCUGUGAGAAGGUCUCCAACGAGGAGCGACUCUUUGUCUGGUACAACGCUUUCUCGUAUCACAGCAGUUGAGAACAGUCUUGUUCUAGACAAACUCCAACUCAUCGUCAAAUGGGGAGGCGAGCCAACGCAUUCAGCUAGGUAUCAAGCGCAAGAGAACGGUGAGAACAUGAGAAAUGACCUGAUGUUGAUGAAUCGUGCGGUCCUCGACGAAGUACAUGUUUUUAGCAGUUCAGAGAGACGAGUUACUACGAGUGCGCAGAUAUGGGCUUCAGCAUUUACCGAUCAGAAACAGUUGCCUCCUGAUUUCAUCACGGUUCGCAAGGAUCUUUUGGAUGAUUCUAAUGCCGCAAAAGACGAGAUGGACAAGGUCAAAAAGAAGCUAAAGACUUUACUUCGUGAGGGCAUCGAAGCCCCACCACAGUUUGCAUGGCCUGACAACAUGCCUGAGCCUUCCAUUGUGCAAGCUUAUGUCGUUCAAUUGAUGAAAUUUCAUCGAAGAGUCAUGCGUCACAACUUUGGCAAGCUUUAUGGUGGUGCUUCUACCUCGUUGAAUGCAAUUGCAAAUCCAGGGGACAAAGAUAGUCUCUCGUCCUCAGCUAGCUCCUCUAUGUCUCAUGCAAUGGCAACGACGAACAUACAAUCACGCUGGUGUUGUGGGGAAGACUCUGAUUUGUUCAGGGAAAGGUGGGAAAAGCUGUUUGCAGAAUUUUGUGAUGGUGACAAGGUGGAUCCUAGCAAAAUUUCGGAACUGUACGAUACUAUGAAGUUUGAUGCUUUGCAUAAUAGACAAUUCUUGGAAUGGGUGUUCACCCCGAGCAAGAGUAUAUUAGAGGAAGAAGAGGAAACUUUGGCUUGGGAAGCUAAAAACAAAGAAAAGGACAUCACAAAGUCUUCCGCAUCAAAGGACUCCCCACGGGGAUCAGAUGAUGCACCCACAGACAAAAGUCAAACAGUUCCAAUGGAAAAGGCUGAAACGAACAAGAGCACUAGACAUCGCAUUUUCAGACGACGACCAUCCGUGAUGGCUGGUCGCCGAGGCAGUAACUCGGAAGAAAGACCCGAACAGUACUUUAAACUUUUUACUGGAAGCAGUCAAACCAAAGCGAAAACCGAUGUGCGUCUAGAGAAGUUGAGGGAGCUGUACAAGAUGGCUAAAAUUCUAUUCGACUUUAUAUGCCCACAGGAAUAUGGGAUCACGGAUAAUGAGAAGUUGGAAAUUGGCUUAUUGACUUCCCUUCCUCUGCUCAAGGAAAUUGUGCAGGAUCUUGAGGAGAUGCAAGCUUCAGAUGACGCUAAAUCAUUCAUCUACUUCACCAAAGAAUCUCACAUAUACACCCUUCUGAACUGUAUACUCGAAGGUGGUAUUGAAACCAAGAUCAAACGUUCAGCGAUUCCAGAACUCGAUUAUCUCUCUCAGAUCUGCUUUGAGCUUUACGAGUCCGAGAACAAGACCCCCCGCGAUGCACCUCCUGGUGACGUAGCAAAAUAUGCUUAUUCCAUCCGCAUCACUAUCAGUCCAGGUUGUCAUACGUUUGACCCGCUUGACGUCCAACUUGAUAGUAAGCAUUGUAUCAGCUGUGCGCAACGAAGAAGUUUAACCGCACACGCGGAUUGGAAGAAGGUCAUUGAGACUUUGAGGGCGAAAUUCCAUCAGGUCAAACUCCCAAAAUCCUUCCUGGCUGUUAACCUAAGCGAAUCCCAUACCUUCCACAAGAAAGAAGAGAAUGAAGAUCUCCCAGCUACUGAGCAAGAUCCAAUAGAUACGAACAAUGGUUCCGAAUCUGCACCGACGACAGAGGCGCUACCUAACACCCCAAUCGUCUGA